AUGGCACCCAAUGAGGAAGGAGGCGGGGAGGCCCUGCUCCCCGACCUCCCCAGGGGGCCCCUGGAUGCCUACCGCGCCCGCGCCUCCUUCAGCUGGAAGGAGCUGGCGCUGUUCUGGGAAGGCGAGGACAUGCUGCGGCUGAAGAAGUCCAUCUUCUCGGCCCUGGAGAGCGACCCCGUGUUCGCGCGGCCGGGCCGGGGCCUCCCGGUGGAGCGGCUGCGGGAGCUGACCUUCCUGCGCUGCCGCCGCCUCUUGCAGCUGGACAUGCUGCGCGCGGACGUGCUGCUGCGGAGCCCCCUGCGGCUGCUGGCGCUGGUCACCGGCCUGGGCAUGUACGACUGGUCCCUGGCCGUCAAGGCCUUCCUGCACACCUUCGUGUUUGGAUCAGCGAUUUUCAACUCCGGUUCUGAGAGGCAUCUCAAAUACAUUCCGAAGAUCUUCAACAUGGAGAUCUUCGGGUGCUUUGCGCUGACCGAGCUCAGCCACGGCAGCAACACGAAGGCCGUGCGGACCACCGCCCACUACGACCCGGCCACCGAGGAGUUCGUCAUCCACUCCCCCGAUUUCGAAGCCGCCAAGUUCUGGGUCGGCAACAUGGGCAAGACGGCGACGCACGCCGUGGUGUUCGCUCAGCUGUACGUGCCGGGUGGCCAGUGCCACGGCCUGCACCCCUUCCUCGUGCAGAUUCGGGACCCGAAGACCCUCCUCCCCAUGCCCGGCGUGAUGGUGGGCGACAUAGGGGAGAAGCUCGGGCAGAACGGCCUGGACAAUGGCUUCGCCAUGUUCCACAAGGUCCGGAUCCCACGCCAGGACCUCCUCAACCGCACCGGGGACGUCACCCCCGAGGGCACCUACGUCACCCGCUUCCAGGACAGCCGGCAGCGCUUCGGCGCCUCGCUGGGCGGGCUGUCGGCCGGCCGCGUCUGCAUCGUGGGCAUGGCCGUGGCCAACCUGAAGCUGGCGGUGUGCAUCGCCCUGCGGUUCUCGGCCACGCGGCGCCAGUUCGGGCCGGCGGACGGGGAGGAGAUCCCGGUGCUCGAAUACCAGCUGCAGCAGUGGCGCCUGCUCCCGUACCUGGCGGCCGCCUACGCCUUGGACCACUUCUCCAAGUCGCUGUUUCUGGACCUGGUGGCACUCCAGCAGGGCCUCCAUCGGGACGACCAGAGCGCCAGGCAGGCCGAGCUGGGACGGGAGAUCCACGCCCUGGCGUCGGCCGGCAAGCCCCUGGCCUCGUGGACGGCCCAGCGGGGGAUCCAAGAGUGCCGCGAGGCGUGCGGGGGACACGGCUACCUGGCCGUGAACCGCCUGGGCGACCUCAGGAACGACAACGACCCCAACAGCACGUACGAGGGCGACAACAACGUGCUGCUGCAGCAGACCAGCAACUACCUGCUCGCGCUGCUGGACCGUGAGGGGGCGGAUCCAGGUGGCGCCCGCUUCGAGAGCCCGCUGAAGAGCGUGGACUUCCUGGCGGCCUACCCCGCCCUGCUCGGCCGGCGGUUCGCGGCGGCCAGCCUGCAGGACUGCCUGGAUUCUGCGGUCCCGCUGGCGGCGUACGAGUGGCUGGUCUGCUACCUGCUGCGGGAGAGCCGCCAGCAGCUGGCUCGGGAGAAGAGAGCCGGGAGCAGUGACUUCGACGCGAGAAAUAACUCCCAGGCUUACUGCUGCCGCCCGCUGGCGCUGGCCUUCCUGGAGCUCACGGUACUGCGCCGGUUCCACCAGCACACGCGCCAGCCCGGCGUGCCGCCCCCGCUGCGGGCUGUGCUCCGGCAGCUCAGUGCGCUCUACGGCCUGUGGUCCCUGAGCCAGCACUCCGCCCUGCUGUACCGAGGCGGCUACUUCUCUGGGGAGCGAGCCGGGAAGAUGCUGGAGGACGCCAUCCUGGAGCUGUGCUCCCAGCUGAAGGACGACGCAGUCGCGCUGGUGGACGUGCUCGCGCCUCCCGACUUCGUGCUGGACUCCCCGAUCGGCAGAGCCGACGGCCAGCUCUACAGAAACCUGUGGGGCGCCGUCCUGCAGCAGCCCCGCGUGCUGGAGCGGCCGUCCUGGUGGCCCGAGUUCGCCGCCAGCAAGCCCGCCGCGGGGGUUGCGAGCUCGAAGCUGUAG